UAUUCAUUUUUUAUUCGCCACUUUAAGAUUCUACAUCUUUGUAAAGAAAGUAUUCAUUCCAGUAUCAUGUAAACUCUCUGUAAUAAGCUAUCUAUAGCUGCUUUUGACUGUGUAAGCUCCUGAGUUAUCACCCCGCCAAACUGAAAUAUCCGAUUGGCUCUAACAAACCAGUGAAUUCACAAGGAUCCGUUUCAUCGUCUCUUCAUCAAACAGACUUCUAAGGCAAUGAAGAGGGUGGAUGGGACCUUGAAGACUUGGAACUCCCUCCUGAGGUAGAGACACCAAGGGUUAAUGCUCGUUCUUCUGUUUUCGUGGCACCAACUCCUGGUAUGCCUGUGAAUCAAAUUUGGACUCAGAGGUCGUCUCUUGCUGCUGAUCAUGCGGCUGCUGGCAAUUUUGAUACAGCCAUGCGUUUGCUAAGCAGGCAACUUGGAAUAAGAAACUUUGUUCCUUUAAAAUCCAUGUUUCUCGAUCUUCACACUGGCAGCCAUAGCUAUCUUCGUGCAUUUUCAUCUGCGCCGGUGGUGUCCUUGGCAGUUGAGAGGGGAUGGAGUGAGUCUGCUAGUCCUAAUGUGAGGGGUCCACCCGCUCUCGUAUUCAACUUUUCUCAGCUGGACGAGAAGCUGAAGGCUGGGUACAAGGGCACAACAGAUGGAAAAUUUACUGAGGCUCUUCGGCUUUUCCUCAGCAUUCUUCAUACAAUUCCAUUGAUUGUUGUUGAGUCGAGGAGGGAAGUUGAUGAAGUCAAAGAGUUAAUUAUCAUCGCCAAGGAGUAUGUUCUUGGUCUGCAGAUGGAGCUUAAGCGUAGAGAAUUGAAAGACAAUCCGGUACGCCAGCAGGAGUUCGCUGCCUACUUCACCCAUUGCAACCUUCAAAUGCCUCAUCUCAGACUUGCUCUGCGAAACGCAAUGACCAUCUGUUUCAAGGCAAAAAACCUGGCUACAGCCGCUAACUUCGCCAGGCGUCUUCUAGAAACAAACCCUAACGAGAACCAUUCAAAGGCAGCGAGGCAAGUACUCCAGUCUUCGGAGAGGAAUAUGACAGAUGCAUCUCAGUUAAACUACGAUUUCAGGAACCCUUUUGUGACAUGCGGGGCAACUUACGUCCCGAUUUACCGAGGACAGAAAGAUGUAUCUUGUCCUUCCUGUACUACUCGCUUCGUGCCUACCCAGGAGGGUCAAUUGUGUACAAUCUGUGUGCUCGCAGUCAUCGGAGCAGACGCAUCAGGUUUGCUCUGUUCUCCUUCUCAAAUUCGAUAAUUUUGAACUACAUAGUCGAGGCUUGUUUCUUUAAUCUUGCUCAACCUUUGAGCAAAUGCCGUACCAGUCACGUCUGAAAAUAGUCAGAGGGCCCUUGUUUAAAAUAGAUAAUGGUCAUAUAUAUCUCAUAUAUAGGACAAUUACAUGUUAAUGUGUGUCAAAUUUGCUCACUUCUCUUUGAUACCUUUUUAAAUACAUUUUUAAAAAAUUAACAAUUCAUCUAGUUAUAAUAUUGGAUAAACUAUAAAAAUAGUCACUUUUGUUUGUCUCAUAUUACAUUUUAGUCACUUUUGUUUGAAAUGUUACGUUUUAAUCACUUAUGUUAUCGUUUUGUUAUGAAGUAGUCAUUCAACCGUUAAAAUUCGUUACCUCCCUAACGGCAGUCCUACAUGGAAGGCUAAAUGGGUUUUAAGUGUCAACUUGGAUGUCCAGUUGUUGGGAUGAAAAUAGGUUUUUAAUUAAAUAAAAUUUAAUUUGGACUGUCACGUAGGACAUCCAAGUUGGCAAUUAAAACCCAUUUGGACUGCCACAUAGGACCGCCAUUAAGGAGGUAAUGAAACCAAACGGUAGAAUGACCACUUCGUAACAAAACGAUAACCUAAGUGACUAAAACGUAACAUUUCAAACAUAAGUUACUAAAAUGUAAUCCGAGGCAAACAAAAGUGACUAUUUUUGUAGUUUACCCUAUAAUAUUUUAAAUACAUUUUUAAAUUUUUAUUUUUAUUUAAUCAUUAUUGAAGUAUCAAUUCUUCAACUCAAGGUAAAUAUGAAUAAGUAAUUAUUUCUCAAAUUAAAUUGGGCCCUCUUCAUAAAUACGUU